AUGUACGCAGAGACGGGGAUGAUGUUCCCCUAUUUUCAGGGCAUCUUGCCGGAGUUCUACCACAGCCAGCAGGUGGAGCUGCUCCGCCGCCUGCAGAUCGACCGCAGCAGCCUCCAUGAUAGCGACCUGGUAAUCAUCGUCUUCCCCGAUCUCCGGCUUGGUUGAUCGAAGAAGAUCUUCCUCCGAUCUGCCGAAAUGACGAUUGGAGAACGACUCUCGGAUCAUCCCCGUGAAAUAAAAUCUGCUCUGAUCUGAAAAUCAUCAGCCAAUUAGAAUUCCGAACUUGGGACCGAUCGAUGGGAACAGAUUUUUCGAUCCUCUCUCUCACUCUCGCACUGUUCCUGCUGCAGGACAACGUGCUGCAGAGCUCAACCGUGACGGAGUACGAUCUGGGGGGAGAAGGAGACCUCUUCAAGGCACCGGAGCCCAUCAUCGAGGAACCGCCGAUGGACUUCGACCUCGUCGCCGCCGCCAUCUCCAUGAUGUCCACCGGCGACGGCGCCAUCCCAGCGGAGGAGGAGAUCAGCCGCGCCACCAUCGACCCGAUCGGGGACGACUGUCAACCCUUGAAAUCCGUGAUCGAAGAAGACGCCUCCCCCGAGCAGCAGCAGCAGGACGCCAAGAUCUCGUCGAUCGAGGGAGAUAGAGACAAGGUCGCCGGCGAGGGGCCGAUGCAAAGGAGCGUCAGCUCCGGCUGUCUGACCUCUGAGGACUGGCGGCGCAACGGAGGAGGCCGAAUCACGAGGCCCAACUUCCUGGACUUCCAGGGGAUGGACCUGCAAGCGGUAUUCGGAAUGAGGAGAGCCCACAGCGAGGGAGACAUCCAGGUUCCACAACUGAACGAUCCCUUCCUCCUCUGCAACCUCAGUUUGAGAGCUCAGUAAGCGUUUUCCUGCGGGCAGAGCCUUGGGGGGAACGGUACGACGCUCAGACACCUCCCUCCCUCUCUCCCUCCUCCCCACUUCGACAGGAUCGAGGAGCGCAGGCAGAAGCUCUCCAGAUACCGAAAGAAGAAGACGAGGAGGAACUUCGGGAGGAAGAUCGAGGUGAGCUAAUAGUAGUAAUAAUAAUAAUAAUAAUAAUAAUAAUAAUAAUAAAAAAUAAAUAACUGGCCUUUUUCCAUUAACGAAGCAGAAUAAGAACUUGUGCCCUCUCUCUCUGUAUUGCAGUACGCUUGCAGGAAGGCGUUGGCGGACAGCCAGCCGAGGGUACGGGGAAGGUUUGCGAGGACAGAGGAGUCAGAGGUGGGGAGGCCUCCCAAGUCGUAG